AUGAUCUGCACACACAGCAAGAACUAUCACAAAGGGAUCAAAUUUUGCACAGUUUGUGGAGCUUUUUUAUCUUCAUCAGGAUCUAAAACAAUAAGAGAACAAGAAUUUCUUUCAGAGUUACAUUUUUCCCCAAAAGAUGUGCUUAAUGAACUUCGCGAUUUGCAAAGAUUCAACAGAUUUUCAAUGUCUUCUCCUUAUUUACUAUAUCGAAAAGUACUUAUUGAAUGGAUUUUUGAAAUAGGAGAAAGCCUAAAUGUCAAAGUGCUAACUAUUCAUAGCGCAAUAUAUAUAAUGGAUACUAGCUUGUCAACAAUUGAUAUCCCUGUAGUUCAAUACCAAGGGGUUGCACUAAUUUCGCUUGUAAUAGCUUCAAAGUGUGAAGAAUUAAUAGACGAUGCCCUAGAAAUUAAAGACAUCGCUAGGUUUACAAAAAUCCCAUAUAAUCGGCUAAAGCAAAUAGAACUGGAAGUUUUAGACAGCAUUGAUUGAAGAGCCCACAGAGCGACCCCUUUGCAUUUUUUAGAGUUUUAUAUAUCAGUUGGGUGCGUAUUUGAUUCAGAUACUAUUAAAACAAAAGAUAAAAGUAAAGCUGUAAGAAAUGUGAGAAAAUAUAGUCAAUUUUUUGCAGAUCUAUGCCUUCAAGAGUCUAGCUUUUUAGUAUAUUCAGCUGAAGAGUUGGCAUUGAGCUUUAUUGCUUCGGGUAGAAAAGUAUUGAAUAUUGAGCCUUUGUGAAGUUCAGAGUUAACUGAACUCACCCAAACGAAUUUAAAUUUAGAGUGCUGUGAAAAAAUGUAUUCUCUAUAUUCUCAGCAGUUUCUAGGAUAA